AUGGCAAUCUGGCUAUUUGAGAACCAACAUUUCCACGAAGCCUGGGUCCCUUUUGACCGCAACAAUCAAAGAAAACUCGAAUUCGUAUUCAUACACCAUGAUUCCCUUGUGCGGCAUCUGCUGGAAAAGACGCCUCUUGAAGAAUUAAUCCCUGACAACAACACCAUUGAUUUGGAUGAACAAGACCCGACAGCAAUAGACUUGGUGAAGCUCAAUAAGCCGGAUGAAGGUGGUGGUGGUGGCGAUGAAGAUGGAGAUGAUGGUCAUGCGCUUUCGAUCAUGCUUAAGGAUUCUCACUUUACGGAACCCAUUACGGUUUACCCACACAUGCUGCUCGGAUGUUUGACCGACCGGGACAUUUUGGUAGCAAGAACAGAGCAUCCGGAUGACAUUGACAAGAUUGUAAAAUAA